CCAGUUUCAACUCAAAAACACCAAAAAAUACCUCCACUCAAACGUGUGUAGAACUAAUUUGGUGGCGAAUCGCAUUUUUCUCAAUCGGGAAGAUGUUUUUUGUACAUUAAAUAAAAUGUAAUUGCUAUUAAAAGCGUAUACUAACAAUGAAUACUGUAAUUGUGUAAAAGUGUAAUUGUUUAUCAAUUUUUGUGCCUGUAGUGUUGUAAAUAAUUAAAGUUUACCAUGGCUUCCAUUUACAUACCCGUCUGCCUAUUCAAAGUUGCUUUACCAAUUCUUCUAACAGUAUGUUCCGUAUUUCGGCCAUGCCUUUUAUCCGGUUUAUAUCUUUUACUUUAUUUUAUUUUACCAAUGAUACCAGUGCCAACCAACAAUUCUACGUCGCGAUGCGCCGGAAUCUACCUCAAAAUCAUAAUUGCCCUGUCCUCGAUAAACCUAGCGGGACACAUCAUUUUUCAAAUGUUACUAGCAUUUACUGAUCCGCCUUAUAGUGAAAAGUUGGUGGGUUGUUCGACUUUAGAAAAAAUUCUAAGACAUGUAGGAUUCGUUAGGUUAGAUCACAUAAAUCCUGUAAGUGCAAUUACGUGGCUUUCACCUGAAAUUAUUAUGUUUGUCUCUUCGAUUGUGAUUUUUAUUGUGUAUAAGAAAUUAACUUCUGAUGAAGAUACCGUCGAAACUGGUGCAGGUGGCAGUUCGACAAGCUUAGUAAGACCGAAAAGGAGACUGAUUGGAAUUUUAGUAUCAAUCGGAAAAUAUAUGGUUUUAACAUCAUUGUGUGUAGCCGGUGUGAUCCGGCCCUCAAUUCCCGGAGGGAUAUAUUUUUUAGUAUUUCUUUCGGCAACAACAUGGUGGGCUUGUGGAGGAACACUAGGAAAGAAGUUUGCGGGAGUUAUGAUAUUUGUCACGUGUGUGGUUUUUUUACACAUUUCUGCAAUUUUUAUUUAUCAAAUGCAAUGGCCGCAGUUGUUGGUGCCGAAAGAUUACCCGCUUUUAAGGUAUUUUGGAAUCUCGCCGUUAAUGACUGUCAAAUGUAAAGAUCCUCGAAAUAUCCUAUGGUCUCCAGAUCUACAGUGGGACUCAUUCUUAAAUCCAUUGGUACUAAUGUGGCUGUACUUUUUAACAGUUUCGGAAGUACGGCUUCUCCUCAUGCCUAAGGCGCAAAAGAAACAAGGUACUUUUUCACGCCUGGAAGCCAAUGUUAAUGGCCGUUUGUCUCGUCAAAUCCCUCAACGUUUAUCUAAUAAGGGUUUGGUGCGUUCACGUACCAUGCGUCAAAAAUGGCAGACUGCUACUCGGAAAGUCCGAUUAAUCAACUCGACAUCCCCUAAAAGACGUUAUACAUUUACUGGAAAACGGGCCGCCACCAUUCUCCAAAACAGUCGAAGCGGAAGUGUUGUCGUUACCCAGGAUUCGCCCAAUGACAUUCCCAUGGAGCAACUUGGUAAGGCUGAUGAAAAUGAAGAAGAGCAAAUAACAGUAUUUGACAAAUUUGUCGUUUGGGUGGAUUCCCUGAUUGAGCUUGCAAUUAGAUCUUCAUAUAUUUUUACCAAUGUCAUAAUGAUGGCAUGGAGUAUAUCAUUCCCAAGCUGGCUAGGAUUUGUUCUUCUUCUUACCGCCAACAUACUUUGGAUGGUACCAAAUCAACGCCGAGCGAUGUUACGCUUCAGCCCAUUUUUAAUAUUUUACGCGUGGCUACUAUUGAUCUCUGGUUACAUAUUUUCAAUGGAUCUCACAGACGAAGAGCUACCUCAGGUGGCCAACGGGGUCGACCUUGGAAUCAUCGGCUUUGAGAAAGUGUCGUACGUACCGUGCAGAUUUCUCCUUUUAAAGUGCCUGUACACUGCUAUGUUUUGGAUCACCCUAAAGCAGUACUCUACGGAAAAAGCGGAAGAAAGACAAGUCAGCGCUCUCGUUGAUAUGGCAGCUCCGUUGCAUGUCUCCGUAGGUGCAGCAGCAGGUACAAAACUUCUAAAAUAUUUUGAAAUGAGAUUCAUGGUUUUAGGAGUCUCUCAAGAGGAUUCUAAGGCCAAUCUACCUUUGAAAGUUUUCGGGGUACAUGCAAAAAAGUUUCUUACAAAGUUUUGGAUUUGGAUUGUUGCCAUAACUUUGUUUGGUGUUGCUAUCACAGGGCAACGAAUGACACUUUUCCGCAUAGUAUAUAUGGCCCUGUUGUUAUUGUUUUUAACAACAUUUCAGUUCUCAUUUAGACUUUGGAGGAAGCUCAUGUUCAGCUUUUUGGUUAUCGUCAUCUUAUUUUCGAUGGUAAUGUUGGUACUUGUGUAUACAUAUCAAUUCAAAAAUAUCCGAGAGUACUGGUUGACAUAUUUACAUAUUACGAAGGAACAGCAAUUGGAUAUCGGCUUAGAGUAUUAUGCUCCGAAACAACUUUUUAUUCGGCUAGCAACUCCUACCUUCUUUGUUAUAAUUGUAGCGAUACAAAUUCACUAUUUUCAUAAAAAUUUUAUUACAUUAACUGAACCUGUAGUACUUUCUGCAGAUACGACAGUCGAAAGUACUACCAUCCAAAGUCCUGCUACUGCAGAGCCUGUCAGUGAAAAGACAGAUUUGGAUACGUCUACAAAGUUUGAUAUCACCGAAUUAGGAAAUAUGUCCGGUGCAGAAGUCACAGAGAAGUUUAAAUCGAGGUUUAAAUUAUUUUUGAAUCAAUUAGGUGACUUGGUGGAGUUAAUCCUUAUGUUCCUUAAUAUGCAUUCACCUACAAUUGUGUUGUUUGUUGCGUUCUUAAUGUUUACAUACGACAAGUGUGCCUUAUACUUGCCUUUCGUCAUAUUUGUUAUGGUUGCAGUAUUGUUAGGUCAUCGAGUACGCACACUAGCACUGUAUAUUACGUCUGCGUUCUCCUGUGUUGUUGUUGUCGGGAGAAUGUUGUAUCAAAUUGAAAACAUUGAUCAUGGUUUGUGGAAUUCCACUUGUGAGCGCAUGAAUUCUACUUUAAAUAACGCUGAAUGGCUGGGAUUUAAGAAGCUGACAUCUGAGACAACUUUGUAUAAUAUCGUAUUCUGGAAUAUUCUAUACAUAUUUGCAACAACUUUUAAGUGUGUCAUCUAUUUACGGCAACACAACGUGAUACUACCUGAUGGGAAGCGCCCGAAGAGAGCUACGUUGAUGUUUCCAAAUAUAAAGCGGUCAGAUGCUGAUAAGAAUGUGUUAAAUUGUGUGAAAUAUUUAUUUAAUUAUGGGUUUUAUAAAUUUGGAUUCGAGAUGUGUGCGAUAAUGACCGUCAUUGUAAUUGGAGUAAGGCUAGAUUUUUAUUCGUUGUUAUACUGCUGUUGGUUAAUAGAAAUUAUGAUAGUAAAACGGCCGACAUUGCGGAAAAUGUGGCGCUGGUUUUUUAUUGCUGUAACGGUGGUGGUGCCGUUUCAAUAUUUUAAUUUAGUUGGAUUGCCACCCACUUUAUGCUCAGAAAUUUCUUGGGCUUCUACUGAAGUACUUGAGAGACUCCAGUCUUGGCUGUUUUUAUUGAACUUUAAAUAUGAUUUGAUGUCGAAUAAAUUGCUGACUGAUAUGUGCUUAUUCAUAUUCGUUUCAAGACAAGCUCUCGUAUUUGAUGUGGAACUGAAAUAUGAGAAUUCUGAAAAUAAUACGUAUCCUGGUGGUUCAAACGACAGCAUUAUUCAUCAUGCCGAUGAUCCAACUUUUAUAAAUCCAUGUCCAGAUUUUAUUACAUACUGUAGAACAUACUUGGAUGUUUGCAAACGUGCUGCAUUUUUAAGUUGGAUGUGGAUAUCACUAGCAAUCAUGUUUUUAGCCGCAACAAAUCUAGUCAGUAUUUUUUCUGUUGGAUACCUUAUUGGAUCUUUUUUGUUUUUAUGGCAUGGAUCAGAUUUAUAUCUACGCCCCCUACCAAAAAUACUCAAAGCUUGGAACGUACUAAUAGGUUACAAUGUUUUUGUUAUCUUUGUAAAGGCGUUCUUUCAAAUCCCUGGUUGUAUUUAUCACGAAGAGCUGGACAAGUAUGCGUGUUGGGUGGUUCAGCUAUUUGCAGUGGGAUGUUCAAAUGAAAGUGUGAAACUGGGUACCACAGUGGGGGAGGACUCCUGUGCUGUUUCUGAAAAAUAUGUAGGCGUAGUUUGGGAUGGCGUUUUGUUCGCAUUUUUGAUAAUCCAAAGAAGAAUAUUUCAUAGCUACAAUUUUUUCCACAUUAUCAACGAAACGAAAGCUACGACAAUUUUAGCAUCUAGAGGGGCGGAGCUUAUAGAAGAGUUGAGAUAUAAAAGGUUACUAGAUCAGCAAGAGGGAGAAAAACAAGUUUUGGAAAAGAUCAAGGAGAAAAUGGAACGCAUCAAAGCCAAUCAGCAAAAAUUGGUAGGCGCACAUUAUAAGGAUACCACAAAUCACCAUAAAGAUACGAUAUUUCCAGAUUCUAGACCGAGAUGUAAAAUACGUGAGCCGAAUUCUCAUGCAAAGGCUAUCCGUUCGGGGGAUUAUUACAUGUUUGAUGAAGUUAAAGAUGAAGAGUUGGAGAUAAUUGAGCAACCUAGGGUUCCGUCGAUCGACGAUGAUGACGAGGCGCAGAGUCUGGGUAAAGGCGUUCCACUUAUGGAGGUGGAAAUACAUCAAGUCGCUUUCGUUGAACCGAAAGGAACAAAAGAGCCUCAACCAGGUACCAGUAAAGAUGAUGAUGAAGACAUAAGCGAGCUAACUGAGCCAAAGGAGUUUACGACUUGUCAAAAAAUUUUAAAUUGGUUGGCUUUCGCUGGGUUGUUUCUUGAGAGCUGCUGUUUAACACUGACGAUAUUUUUAAACAAGUAUUCCAAAGACUAUCGGUAUAUUUUACGCGUACUCAAUAAAGAGAAGAAAAUAUUAAAGGAACGAACUGAAUACUACAUUGGCUUGCGGUUAGGCAGUGGACAAACGUGGCGACCGGCGGGAUCAUAUCAUACACUAGUAAAAGAGUCACUGAAUCCAAGAAGUAAAGACACUUCCGAUGAAAGUCCUAAUAUAAAAGGAGAGGAGUCUGAUCAGGCUACCUCCACUUUGUCACAGUCGCCUAAAUUUACAAGUCGUGAGGGUUCACCUACAAACUUGAUGGAUGACGAAGAAACGGCGGAAAUGUCAUCUAAGGAGCAGCCGGUAUUUAUUCGACUUCUCCUGGCUCUUUGGCACAUUUUAUUAAGUCAUUCGGACAUUGUGUGCUACUUCAUGAUAUUUUUAAAUCAAAUUAAGUCUGCCACUUUUCUGUCGUUACCAUUACCAUUCCUAGUUCUUUGUUGGGGUACAUUGACAAUACCUAGAUCCUCAAAAACCUUUUGGGUUACAGUGAUAGCCUAUACCGAGGCAAUUGUCUUGGUGAAAUGUAUAUUUCAAUUUGAAAUUAUUCCAUGGAACAGAAGUCAAAAUAUAUCUCCGUUGUUUCCACCGCGUAUCAUCGGAAUAGAGAAGAAGGAUAAUUAUGCGCUUUGGGAUUUGCUUUUAUUAUUAGUCAUAUUUUUCCAUAGAUUUCUGUUAAAAUGUUUGGGACUCUGGAAGGCAGUAUAUGUACCUGCCGUUGUUUUAACAGAUGGAGAUUACCAAAUAACCAAAGAUGAACUGAAAGCCAUUGAAGAUGAGGGAAAAUUGCCAAGUACCGUGGCACCAUCUUCAGAAUCGAGUGCUGACGUCCUACAUCCAAAGCCGUUACAUUUAAGAAAAGGAAGCGACCUUGAGAAAUUGGUCGAAGAGCCGGAUGAAGGUAAUGACGAUGAGGUUGAAGAAACAAAUAAGGAAAUGGUGUCUAUUGUGACCAAGAAAGUAGCGCCAGCUGCACACCUGUCAACUGCAGUUCGCUUGGGAAUCUCAAGAUACCAAGGUGCUCUCACGUCAUUUUUCCGACGUUUAUUCGAUCCUUCAUAUCGAAUUGCAACCGAUAUUUACUCUUACAUGUUUUUAUGUGAUUUUUUUAACUUUUUUGUCAUACUACUUGGAUAUUCGUCUUUUGGGCCGCACACUGGUGAUGAGAAUGUUUCCGAUUACUUAACCGAAAAUCGAAUUCCGGUUCUGUUUCUUGUAAUGUUAAUCUUACAGUUUUUAGUUAUCAUUGUCGAUCGGGCGAUAUUUUUAAGGAAACACCUACUUGCUAAAGUCGCGUUUCAAUUUUUACAAAUAGUGUUUUUGCACAUAUGGCUUUUUAUUCUUUAUCCGUUGAUAACUGACCGGGUUUUCAACUCCGUGUUAGCUCCGCAAAUCUAUUAUAUGGUUAAGUGUUUCUACUUACUACUGUCAGCCUAUCAGAUUCGAUCAGGGUAUCCCACGAGAGUUUUAGGAAACUUCAUUUGUCGCGGAUACAAUUACUUCAAUUUAUUCAUGUACAAAGCAUUUUUGGCUGUUCCAUUCCUGUUUGAGUUACGGAUGAUAAUGGAUUGGAUGUGGACAGACACGUCGAUGACCAUUUUUGAUUGGAUGAAAAUGGAGGAUAUAUUCUCGCACAUUUUCCAAGUCAAGUGUAAUCGAUACUGUGAGGAGCAAUUCCCCCAACCAAGAGGCGAAAAGAAGCCUACAAUUAUUAAGUAUUUGAUGGGAGGUGGAGCUUUACUCAUAAUAUUUGUAAUUAUAUGGUUCCCACUAGUAUUUUUCGCAUUAGGGGACGCUGUAGGUUCAUCAAAUAUUCCGUACUCCGUCACAAUGGAGUUGAGAAUAGGACCAUACGAACCAAUCUAUCGAAUGACCGCACAAUCAAAUUCAAUUACCACCUUUCUAGAAAACGAUUACAACCGAUUACUUGGAGUAUACGAGCAAAAUAAAAGUGCCCUCACAUUCAUUUCAAAUUAUCAACCUUCUGAUAUCGCAGUAAUCAAAUUCAGCAAACAUUCUGCAGCAACAUGGGCGAUCUCACCACCAGAUCGAAAACGCAUGAUUGCGGAGUUAAAUGCAACAUAUCCCAUACGCAUGACUCUUGAAUACUUUGUCUCUCAUAAGAGUAACACAAAGGAAGACUCUGGAAACAUUAGGGAAGAGGUUGUUUCAUUGUUAGAGGAUUUGGACACCCAUCUAGAGUUGUUGGACAUGCUAGUUUCCAAUGAACUUCGUUCACCAGUUAUUUUAAAGUAUAUGGUACCGCAAUUUAUCAAAGUCACAAACAAGGGUACCGCAGCUCCUGUAGCUCAAUUAAUGAGGGUAAUUAAUGAUCCAAAAGAUUCAAAGUUCAGGGAUAUUGAAGUGCAACGUAGAACUGGUGGUAAAUCUCAGGAAUGGUGGAGGAUAACUGAAGUUGCUAAUGAUACAAAUUUCUUAAAAAUUCUACAACAUAUCCCCUACUACAGUGCAGGCGAUGUGCAGAUCUAUUCUUUCAAUGAGAAGCUAUUCCCUCAAACGUUGAAUUUUAUUACAGCUGGCGGCAUCAUAGGUGUAUAUACCACCAUCGUGCUUGUAUUAGGUCGAUUACUUCGCACGUUGUUCUCGGGAGUGUGCUUCAAAAUUAUGUUCGAGGACUUACCGAACGUCGAUCGCGUUCUCCAAUUAUGUUACGACGUUUACUUGGUGCGUGAAACGCGAGAAUUUCCAUUGGAAGAAGAUCUAUUUGCGAAACUAAUAUUCCUAUUUCGUUCGCCCGAAACGCUUAUCAAAUGGACGAGGCCUAAGGAAGAGAUGGACGAGAGUGAUGAAGACGAUGAUCCUACCGAUAAAUGAGAUACUAACGUAUAAGUUAAUGAGAUUAAUGAUGAAGUGGCGAUUUACUGCCCUGUCAGAAGUACUACUUUUACAAAUCAGGGAAACUACGUGGACCUGAGAUUACUUAAGGGAACUUAUUUUAAGGGAAAUAUUCAUUUAAGAGUUGUGAUGUGCUUGGAAAGUCAUUUUACAUAUAUUAUAAUUUUAAAAUAUACUCAAAGGUGCACUAGACGGAAACAAUUUUUUACUUAGGUGUUAUAUAGUUUUAAGAAGAAUCUGAGGUUUUAAUGAUUUGAAAGGACCGAAAUUAAAUUUAGCUAUUUAUUACAGAAA